GUCACUCUGAGCACCACUGACAUUCCCAACAAGCAUUGCAGGGGAGAAAACUGCGUGUGUGACAUCCAACAAGAAAGAGUGUGUGUGUGUGUGUGUGAAACCACCAGAGGAGUCAUUAACAGUGUAACGCACACACACUAAUCAGUUUGAGCUCUGGGCUUCGGCGCGGCUGCGGGACAGAGAGCUGCCUUCACUGUCGAGGUGGAAACUGAGAGGAAGAAGAAGAAGAAGAAGAGAAAGUUGUUCUCAGCAAUCUGUUUUGUUUCUAACAGAGGGAGAGAAGAAGAAGAAGAAGAAGAAGAAGAAGAAGAAAAGAGGCCAACAUGUCCAACGCUCUGCUGAGGAGAAACUCCAGCAAACAGGGUUUACAAAACCUGAUGAGGCUGACGGCUCAGAGGAGCAUGGAGGACGCUGAGGAGGUGGAGAGGGAGCGCCGUCGUCGAGCCAGGGAGGCCUCACGCUGGAACAACGAAGGCUCGCUGGCCGGAGAGUCUUCACAGGAGAACGAGACGACGGCACAGGAGAGCAUGUACGACGGUGAACUGAAGCCACACAGCUCUCCGUCUCUGGAGGAGGACGAAGGCUUCAGUGACUGGACUCAGCGCAGAGAGAGACGGAGGCAGCAGCGCCUGCAGGAGCUCAGCCAGGCAGGCGAGGAAGACGAGGAAGAAGAGGAGCACAUGAUAAACAAAGCUGUACCCGUAAAGACCGUCCAGGCUUCGGUCACGUCCUCCAGCCGACUCCAGAGACAGGAGCAGGCAGAGGAAGAGGAAGAAGAGGACAGGGCCAGGGUGGAGGUGAAGAGGAGGAAGGAGCGUGAGGAGGAGGCCAUCCGGGCUGAGAGAGUGAGGAGAGAGAAGGAGAGGGAGGAGGAGGAGGAGGAGAAGAGGAAGAGAGAGGAGGUGAUGACCAGGAGGAGGGAGAUCCAAAGGCCGAAUCCAGAGGUGGAGAAAAGAAAAGAAGUCAAAAUCUCCUACACAUCUAAGGUGGUUCUCCACCAGGAGCCAAAACACAGCAACACCAACGGAGACGCAACCAAAGAGGAAGUGACAUCAUACAAGAACAACAAGACAAAAUACUCCACCAGCAGAGGAGUGGAGCCAGAGGAGGCGGAGGCCAUCCUGGAGACGGAGCAGCGCUUGGAGAAGAUCCGGCAGAGCCUCCAGCAGAAGGAGUGCCAGGAGCUGGAGCAGCUGAGACACAGGCAGGUGGAGGCCGAGCAGGAGCUGGAGGAGCUGAAGAGGAGGAGGGAGGAGAGGCGUCGAGUGCGGGUGGAGGAGGAGCGUCGGAGGGAGGAGGAGGAGCAGCAGCGGCUGGCCAAAGAGGAGGAGGAGAGGAGGCAGAUGAAGGAGGACAUCGAGAGGAGGAGGAUGGAGGCGGCCGAGAGGAUGAAGAGCCUGAGUGUGUCCAGCUCGGACGGAGACGAGACGUUCAGUCCCUUCAGCCCCAAAACUUCUACACACAAGAUCACAGAGAGAACUGAGUCGCUGAACCGCUCGCUGAAGAAAAGUAACAGCUUCAAGAAGACGCAGCCUCUCGUCCUGCUGGCCAAGAUCGAUGACAAGCUGGAGCAGUACGCCCACGCUGUGGAGAACUCCCAGGAGACCCGGGCAGUGAAGGCAUCACCACCCGACCUGCACAGCUCACCUGAGGUCGUCAUCUCCAAGAAAAACCUGUUUGAGGCCGGAGAAGUUUGGAGUCAGAGUCCCACUAAAGGAGCCACCUGCAAGGACACUGAGGGGCUGAAGGUGGGCGUGGCCAACAGGAUCACUCAGUGGGUGAAGGGUCCGUCUGACAGCAGCAGACAGUCGCUCAGCAAACCAGCAGACGUGAGACCUGGAGAUGUGAUGCAGAAAAAGAACAUGUGGGAGAUUAUUGGAGACUCGACAGAGAGACCCAGGCAGAGACCCAAGGGCUCAGCAGCUGGUAAAAAGUACAAAUUUGUGGUCACUGGUCACGGCAAAUAUGAGAAGAUCCCCGUGGAUGAUGAGAACGGAGGAGAGUUCACUAACGGAGAGUCCGAUUUAUAUCAUGAUAAUUACUGAGGAGGUGUCGUCUCUUCAGGUCGAACAGAAGCAGCCAUUCCACACGUCAUUUCAUUUCAUUUAUAUCCAAUAAAUCACUUUUUCCGACUCUCUCAGAUGAAGAAUACAAAUCAACAGUUCAAGUCCAAAAGAUUUUAUCAUCAAAUGUCUAUAUUUGUUCACUUUCCUCCUUGCUUUUGUUUUUUCUGACAUUCUGUUUCUGUUAUUAUGUAUAUAUCUGACUGUGAGCUUUAAUGUUUCUGUAUUCUUCUCGACUACAGUGUUUAGGUGAACCAUUCCUAACGUCUGGUUUGUCCACGUAUGAUGGUGUGUUGGGAAACUUAAGUCUUUAGAAUAGUAAAAGUUUACAUACAGAGCUCCGCAGAGACACAUUUUGUCAAUAUUAACACUAAAAGUAUGAAAACCGAGUUUAUCAUGUCUCAGAUUAUUUAGUGCAGCCAUGUAGAAGAAGGUAACUGUAACAUCUCAACAACCUUUAUCAAUCAACACAAUCAAACUACUUCCUGUGUGUUUUUAUCAGCUCUGUCUCUGUACUACUGCAGAUGUUUUUCACCUUUAAUAUCCAUGUACUGAGAUUUCUGAUUGUAAGUGUUUAUAACCCCUUUUCUUAAAUAAAUUAAAUCAUUUUCUA